UCAGCUAAUGCUAACGGCUAAUGCUAACACCUGUCCGAGUGUCAGUGAAGGUUUAACGCGAUUAAAGAAAGAAACUUCUGAAGAAACAUUUAUAUUUAAUUCAGGUAAAGGCGGGUGGUCUUCAUAAACGCGCAGAUGUGACAUUAUAACGUUGAAUCUCAGUCGAAAAAAGUAAAAAUCGAUGUUAGUUUUGGUGAGACGCUGACGGUGAGAGGAGCGGCCGAGAGAAGAGCUGCGCGUGCGGGACAGAGAGGAGGAGAUGGAGCCUGUGGAGCCUGUGGAGCCUGUGGAGCCUGUGGAGCCUGUGGAGAUGUUGGAGAUGUUGGAGGAGCCUGUGGAGCAGGUGGAGCAGGUGGUGCUGGAGCUGAAGGAGGUUCUGGAGCAGGAGCAGAGCAGCGCUGGAGACAAGAUCAAACUCCUGAACCAGAAACUCAACGAUGCUCUGACAGGUGCGGCCCUGCAGACAGGUGCGUCUCUCUCGUGUCGUCUGAAGUCUCGUUUGUUUUCCACUGGACUUUUGUCUCGUUGUGUUUCUUUGCUGGAGUCGAGUCGUGUGGGAGGAGCCACGACGUCUGCAGCCGCUCUCGCUCACACUCUCAGCUCCUGUUGUGUGGGGGUGGAGCCUGGGGACAGAUCCGAGGCGUUCCAUAGGCUGUUCCUGCCGUCAGUCAUGAACGCUCUGCUCUCAUUGGCCGCUCGCCUCAUGAAACAGGCCCAGAGUCUCCACCUGCUCAAGAAGGUUCUGGACUCUGUGGGCUGGAUCCUACAGACGCACAACCGCCUCACAACACAAGUGUUGAGUUCGGUUCAUUAUGAGCAGUUACAGAUGAGCGACGAGGCGUCUGUGUCUCUGCUCUGUGUUCAACUCUGGACUCACACCUGCUCCUCCUCCAGGGACUUUGUGAGCCGUUUGUCUGAUGAAUCUGUCACUCUGCUGCUCAACGACAUCAUCGGCCAAUUAGCCGUGAGCUCUGAGGCACGGGUGGGCGGGGCUUCAGUCAGACUGCUGCUGCUAUUGGCCGGUGAGCUGCGAGGCCGCCUCCCUCCUCUGCUGCGGGCGUUCAGAGGUUUGGACCGUCUCCUUAGCAACGACUGGAGGGGGCGGGGCUUCGACCAGGAAGUGGAUCAGUUGAUCAAAAUCGUCCAAUCCAGUGAGAGCUCGGACGACACUGAGCGUGUGCGAGCGGCGUGUGUGAUCCAGGCCGCCUGGAGGUCCCACACGACCAGAAGAAGAGUCCAGAACCUCAACAGAGCAGUGAGCACUUUACAGAGGAAGUACAGGUACUGGACCGGGACUGGGCCGGGUCUGGGACUGGGACUGGGACUGGACUGGGUCUGGACCGGGACUGGACCAGGUCUCUGUUGUGUGUGUGUUUGUUUCAGGAGUCGUCGGCAGCAGCAGCAGAAGCAGCAGGAGGCUCGUCUCUGUGAGGAAACUCUGCGAUACCAGGUGAAUUUAAGGCGGCAUCAGGCCAGGAGAAAGUUCCACCUUAAACAGAGACAACUGCUGCAGCUCCUGCCUCCAGACCAGGUGAGUUCGUACCUGUGUGAGUGUGAGCGUCGUGCGGCCGUGUUGAUCCAGACUCAGUUUCGAGGCUUCAGACAAAGACACAAGUUCAAACUCCACAAAGAAAAAGAAAAAGAACGACUCCGACGGAACAGAGCGGCAACGGUGCUCCAGAGAGCGGUGCGUUUGUUCCUCGAGCGCCGUCGAGCUGCUAAAGUCCCGCCCUCCUCCUUCUGGAUUGGUCAGAAGGGUUUGACGGACAGGAGGAGGGCGGAGCUGAAGAAGCAGGUGGAAGAUUACAUCACUCUCCACCCGUCGGGUCGUGUGUCUCUGGAGGAGUGUGUGUUUCUUCAUGAGGAGGUUCAGAGUCUUUGGGCGUCUCACUGUCAAUCUGUGGUUCAGACGAGACGAGAAGAACAGAAGAUCAACACACUACUGGCCCACACCCACACACAGCUCCACACGCUCCGAGAAGCCCCGCCCCUUUCCUCUGUCACGCUCUCGGAGGCGGAGUCUUUCCUUAGCCCCUCCCCCUCCAUCGCCGUUCGGGCCAGAGACUCCCACAAUGCCCUGCUGCAGUCCGAGCGCGCCCCCUGGUGGAGAACACUGGGAAGUGAAGUCCCCUCAGGCCACGCCCCCCUGGAGGAGGCGGGGCUCGGCGGAGGCCUGUGAUUGGUCGAUCUCCUCUCAAGUCUUUGUACAUUUUAAAUUGUUUUUUUUAUUAAAAUGUUAUUUUAAAAAAAAGUUAAGUGAAUAUUUGAUGAAACUCUUGAAUAAUAAAAACACAAACACAAAC